AUGGACGGCGCUCUGCCCCGGCCCGCGCCCCCCGCGCCUGGCGACUGCGCCGUCGGGCGCACGCCCGCGUCCCCGGAGCUGCUGCGCUGCAGCCGGCGCCGGCGGCCGGGCGGCGCGGAAGCCGGGGGCGGCGCGGCGGCCGUAGCGCGGCGCAACGAGCGCGAGCGCAACCGCGUGAAGCUGGUGAACUUGGGCUUCCAGGCGCUGCGGCAGCACGUGCCGCACGGAGGCGCCAGCAAGAAGCUGAGCAAGGUGGAAACGCUGCGCUCGGCCGUGGAGUACAUCCGCGCGCUGCAGAGCCUGCUGGCUGAGCACGACGCGGUGCGCGCCGCGCUGGCCGGGGGGCUGUUGGCGCCCGCCGCGCGGCCCUCCGCGCCCCGCGGGCCGCCUCGGACGCGCCCGGCCGCCGCCUCGUCCUCCUGCGCCUCGUCGUCCCCGGGCCGUGGGGGCAGCUCGGAGCCCGGCUCCCCGCGCUCCGCCUACUCGUCGGACGACAGCGGCGGCGAGGGCGCGCUGAGCCCCGCCGAGCGCGAGCUGCUCGAAUUCUCCAGCUGGUUAGGGGGCUGCUGA